AUGGUUCGUCAGAUGAGAUUUGGAGUAACAAGUGGAUUUCCAGUUUUUUUGAUGAGGACCAUGGACUCCGAUAACAGCCGUGUGUCAAGACCCGCUUCCCCCGACGUGGAGCGCAUCUUCCUGGCGGCCAUGAAGAAAACGGUGCACGGUUUCUCGGGCGCGGUGUCCUCCACGCAGGGCGACUCCUCCCACGACAUCGCCGCCGACCUGCGCAGCCUCUCGAGCAACGACGAUGACGACACGCUGUCCCUCAAGAUGCUCUCCAAGAAGGACCGCAAGCUGCUCUCCGAGAACGAGCUGCAGUCCAUCCGCCUGAAGAUCAACAGCCGCGAGCGGAAGAGGAUGCACGACCUCAACGUGGCCAUGGACGGCUUGCGCGAGGUCAUGCCCUACGCGCACGGGCCCUCCGUGCGCAAACUCUCCAAGAUCGCCACGCUACUGCUGGCGCGAAACUACAUCCUGAUGCUGAGCAGCUCGCUGGAGGAGAUGAAGCGGUUGGUGAGCGAGAUCUACGGCAGCAGCAGCGGCGGCGGCGGUCACCACCACCACGGGGGGUUCCAUCCCUCCGCGUGCGGCGGGAGCAUGGCGCACGGCGCCCCGCUGCCCGGCCACCCGACGGUUUCUCACGCCUCGCACCCGGCGGUGCAUCACGCGCUGUUGCCCCCCGCGGUGUCCAGCGCGUCGCUGUCGGCGCCGAGCAUCUCCGCCGUGACGUCUGUCAGGCCGCACCACGGACUCCUCAAGGCGCCCGUGGCCAGCGCGGGCCCGCUGGGCAGCAGCUUCCAUCACUGGGGCAUGAGCGCGGGCGGCAUGCCGUGCCCGUGCAGCAUGUGUCAGGUCCCCCCGCCUCCCCCGCACGUGGCCAUGAGUCUUUCGAGGCUGACAAGCGACUCCAAAUAA